AAUACUGAUUUAUUUUUAAUCAUGAAAGUUUUAAUUUUUAGGACAUGAAUUAUAGUACGUCGCACACUCAUCGCAUAACCUCAAGUAAGCUCACAUCAUGAAAAACACUGACAUGUAAUAGAUGUACUGAUUGAGUGAACGCUGAGAGAUUUGACUACGUGAGGCUGAAGCCUCUAAUGUCACUGAAGUUUCUGCAUGUUGUCCAUCCUCAUCAUUCACAUCCCAGCAUAGGAUAGCCUCACUUUUUGCAUGCCCUGACUCCUCCCCCUCCAUGCCUUUGGCUCCUCCCACCCCUGAAAUUCGCUUGCGAAAACUGGUUGAUGAGAGGGAAAACUUAAUAGAGCAGGUUAAGAGAUUGAAAGGUCAACUUGAGCAGAAGAAACAGAAGAAUGGUAUAGAGGAAGCAUCCAGCCCAGAGGGAGAUGUACUGGAGAACGGCACUGAUUCCAACAUCAUGGAUAUACAGAGGGAUGCCAACAGACAAAUCAAUGAUCUCAGAUUUAAGCUUGUCAAAUCAGAGCAAGAAGUCACAGCACAUGAACAGAAUGUCACAAGGCUCGAGGGUCAGGUGACCCGUUACAAAGCCGCAUCUGAAAACGCAGAGAAGGUGGAGGACGAACUCAAAGCUGAAAAACGCAAACUGCAGCGUGAGUUACGCUCUGCACUGGACAAGAUUGAAGAGUUGGAGUCCAGUAACAGCCACCUCUCGAAAAGGCUGGAGAAGAUGAAGAGUGGCCGGGCAACAGCAACAACUCCCUAAUGGUUUCAGAUCUGUCCCAUAAUCUAACCAAAAUCACCAUUCCCAAUGGGCAUUUCCUAUCAUUCUGCACCUUAUGCAAAGUUAAUAAAACUAUAAACAAGCUCAUGAGAACCGUGAUACAUUAUAUUCUGCAACCGUGCCAUUUCCUCCUAUUUAUCCAUUUAGCUUGAGUUCUUCAUCUUUGGAGAACCCAGUCAGGACUUUCUGAAGGAUGCAGGAGGACUCUUUAGUGUGCUUCAUUCAAAUGCACAAACACUGUAGUUCAAAAAGUUAGAAUGGUAAUUGUCACAUUUGAAUCUUGCUGUGACUGAAUUGAUUCAAGCGUAAUGUGCAAGGCUGCCCGAGAUUAUUUGGAGAAGGAUCUUAAAAGUUACUCUUUGAAAUUCUGAAUGUGAAUAUCAGGGCAUGUUGUCCAGAUCUAGGAUGUCUGGGUGGUCAUUUGUUUGAUUAAAGAUAAAGACACCCGUUGCUUCACUAAGACAAGACAGACAACUGUUAUGU